UCCCAGCGGCCAGUCGAGUUACCAAACUUCAGUGAGAGUAAAACAGCGAGGAGAAAAACGGUGGACUAAAACGACAAGCUAUUUGUUUCGUUAUUGUUGGUGAAUACAUGUUAGCUGUGUCAUCUAUUUAAUUGUACACGAUAGCGAGUUAAUAUAACACCCGGUAUAUUUAGUCUUUAAUUGACAGUCUAGAAAAAAUAAUAAUAAUAAUGAGACUAUAAAGGAAUGUUUUGGUGAAAACGAAAGCUUGACGCUUCCACCGAAACAAAACAGCAGUCAUAUUAUAAAUACUGUUUCCUGGUAUUCAUUGCACAGCCUGAAUGGAAAACGUUUAAUAUUGUUAGUUAACCAGAAAGCUAACUAACUCUUAGUGUCUCUAGUGAGACUAUCAAGACUCAACGGCAUCGAUAAACCAACUAUGGACGGAUGUCAACCAAACAUGCGGCAAAAUAACAACGAAAAAAGUGUAGAAAAAUGUAUGGACGAAUACCUGAAAUCCAUCGGCUUUCACCGGAAAAAAAUAGCCAAAGACGGGUCGUGUUUAUUUCGGGCUGUAGCUGAACAGGUGUUACACUGUCAAAGCCUCCAUACCAAAGUCCGUGCCACCUGUGUGCAGUAUCUAAAGAAGAACAAGGAGAACUAUGCGGCGUUCAUAGAAGGAGACUUCGAGGAAUACAUAAUGAAACUUGAGGACCCUCAGCACUGGGUGGGAGAGGUGGAGAUAUGUGCACUGGCUCUGAUGUACAAGAGUGAUUUCAUCAUCUUCCAGACCCCUGGUAAACCUCCUGUUCAAAUCACGGACAACGGCUUUAAUGACAAGGUGCGUCUGUGCUUCCUGAACGGGAACCAUUACGACAGUGUCUACCCCAUAGCUCAUGUGAAGAAUGCUGCCCUGUGCCAGUCCGUCCUGUACGAGCUCCUCUAUGAGCGCGUGUGUGGCACGGACCAUUCCGUGGUGGCUCCCUGUCUGAAGGGCGGUACCGGUAACCGUGGUAACGACCUUCUCGAAGACGACCCGGACAAUGAGCAGUGUCGUAGCAGCGACGAGUCGGACCUGGAGGGAGAGGACGCUCUCUGGAGCCAGGAUGGACCGGCUGGACCUGCAGCCCGGGGACUCACCGUUAAGGGUCGAGGAAGUCGAGGCCCACCCUUCUCCAACAGGGUCCGACGUUCUCUCAACCCCUUCCUCUACAGAAACACUGAGUACGAUGUCUGGGUCAAGUCCAAGAGAGCUCAGCAGAAGCUGGAUUUCUGCAUCGCCGCUGGGAUGCAGUAUACAGUGGGAGACAAGUGCAAGGUUCGCCUUGACAACGGUGGGCGUUACUAUGGCGCCUACAUCCAGGAAGUGUCGCCUGACAACGGGCCCGUCACUGUCUUCAUAGAGGAACUGGGCAAGAAACACACUGUGUCCCUCUGGAACCUGCGUCCACCCACAGAUGAUACGUUGUCUUGGAGCACGGUGGCCCGAGACGGAAAGAGACUGAACAACGGCUCUGCUCCAAACUCUGAUUGGGAGGGCAGGGGAAGAGGGAGGAAGUCAGGGAAGCCUUCAACGCCGUCGGCAACGCCGUCUGUCUCCCAGGCUAAAGGACCCUCCCAAAGUGGUGGGCGUGGUGUCCAGAAGCAGCACUCUUGGCCCCUGCAGGCCACUGUAGAGGAGGGAGGUGCCCGGAGCACCAACACCAGGAGACCCUCUUCCAGCUCUGUGUCAGAGGCAGCUACAGUAGCAGCAGUAGCAGCAUUUGGUCUAUCAGAGGCCCAGCGUCAAGCCAAAGAGGAGGAGCAGAGGAACUUGGCCCUGCUGGAGAUGGAGCUACGGGAUGAGAGAAGCUUCCCUGCACUGGGGGUGGUGUCUCAUGCCAGUGAGGUGAAGAAGAGGACAGGCAGAGGCAUGAGGAGAUCAACACUAGAGGAGGAGAGGAAGACCCCAUCACCUCCUUCUCCUAACCUUCCUCCCACUCCUAACCUUCUUCCUACUCCUAACCUUCCUCCUACUCCUAACCUUCCUCCCACUCCUAACCUUCCUGCCACUCCUAACCUUCCUGCCACUCCUAACCUUCCUGCCACUCCUAACCUUCCUCCCACUCCUAACCUUCCUCCCACUCCUAACCUUCCUCCCACUCCUAACCUUCCUCCCACUCCUAACCUUCCUCCCACUCCUAACCUUCCUCCCACUCCUACCCUUCCUGAUACUCCUAACCUUCCUCUUACUCCUACCCUUCCUGCUACUCCUAACCUUCCUGAUACUCCUAACCUUCCUCCUACUCCUAACCUUCCUGAUCCUCCAACCACCAUUCCUUCCACCCCUAUCCAUGUCAACUCCUGGCCUAAAACAACUGCUGCUGUUCCGGUCGUCCCCACCCCUCACCUCACCCCACCUGUGUCUGGGGUUUUAACUGCCCUACCUCUGGUGACCUCUGUGCCCGACACGGUGACCUCUGUGCCCGACACGGUGACUUCUGUGCCCGACACGGUGGACCAAUCCCCUCAGACAAUACAGACUGUCCCCCUCAACCCCCUCUCUGAAUCUCACCCACCCCUCCUCUCUUCCACAAUCUGGUCAACCCUAUCUACCCCAAUGUUCUCUCUCCCAGCCCCCCUCUCCCUGGAUCCUCCAUCCAGUGAGGUCUCCUCAGCCUACACCCCAGCUUUAUCCCACAUCGGUGUUCCCCCCACUUCCUUCCUCCCCACCAACCACCCACCUCACCCCUCCAACCACCCUUCCCUUCCCCCCGGGCUCUCCCCAGCCCCUCUCCAGCCCCAGACUGUCACCCAGCCCCCUGUCGUUCCACCAGCUGGCUCAUCUCUACCAAGACCCCUUGUUCCCAGGGUUCCCUUUGUCUGACAGGGAAGAGAUCGUCCAGACUCCCCCUUAUUCUUAUAUCCACACGGGAGAGGACCUGCCACGAGAUGUCAACAUCCUGAGGUUUUUCUUCAACCUUGGUGUGAAGGCGUUCACCAACCCCAUGUGGCCCCCCACUCUUACAUCCUCCCUCUUCACCAGGCCUACAGCAUGCAGCCCAAACUACCCUCAGUCUCCCUCCCCU